AUGGUAUCGGGACUGAGUACUGAAGAGGGCUUGGCCGGGGGCGAUUCUACGUCCUCAUGCCACAUGAUCACCACAACGAAAACUCACGGUGCCGGACUAGGAUGGCUCAGAGACGACAACAAGAGGAACAGCAUGUCCAGGUUCCAACACGGAAUUCCCAAGUUUCUUGUGCCCGGUUUUGUUGUGCAAUGCGGCCUUGUCCGACAGCGUCGCCAUCAAGGCAACCGACGGAACAGGCCGUUAGGAUUCGGGGAUGAAAAGCGCUCUGUGACUGGCCCCUUUCAACCGGCCAAGUUGAAACGCUGA